GUUCGCUGCUCCCUGCAUCAAGCGUCCGGGCAAACUCGCUUGCCUCAGCUGUUUCUUGCUGCUGCUGCUGUUGCUGUUUGCGUGACUCCCGCAGCAGGCGGGGCCGGACACGGGGCAAGCAGUCGCAGCAGGUCACAGAAGCGGCGGCACGAAUAAGAAGGUGGGGGGGGGGGUAAGCAGCAGUAGCAGCAGUAGCAGGAGGCGCAACGGCAGUGAUUUAUAGAAGCAGUCUCGACCCCGGGCCGCAGUACAAGGAGUGACUUCACCGCGUGUGUUGCGCUGUGUGUGGAUACGUGGCACACACACGCGCAUCAUAACACACAUCACACGCACAGCACACACACACAUCACACGCGCAUCAUAACACAUAUAACACGCACAGCACACACACACAUCACACGCGCAUCAUAACACAUAUAACACGCACAGCACACACACACACACAUAACACGCACAGCACACACACACAUAACACGCACAGCACACACACCACACGCACAGCACAGACACAUCACACGCACAGUACACACACACACACCACUCGCACAGCACUCAGAGCAAACAUACACGGCACACACAACAUACGCAGCACGCAGGCAUAUCAUACGGGCAGCACACAGACACAGCGCACACGUGCACGUCGGACCGGGCUGUGUCGGGGCUCACACAGCCCAUCAGGCUUAGCUCAUAGGGUGCCCUCUGUAGAGACGCCGCACGUGUGAAGAGCUAUGCGCAGUGUACUCGCGUCAACAGCGACUGUUCCUCGGGUCAGACCCGUGGCCCCACACAUUCAACUUCUGCAGCGACUCGUAUUCACGUCGGCACGGGGAUACGAGUUGCGCCCGUAGUUAAGCUGAAUCGACCAAACAGCAGCAGCUGCAUCAUCAUCAGCAGCAUACAGCAUCACCACCAGCAGCAUCGUUACCAUCAGCAGCAGCAUCAUACUCACAAUCGCUACAAGCAUCAGUGUCAUCGUUCGCCACUAAUAUCGUCACAUCUUCGUCAUCAACAUAACAUCAUUACAACCACCACCACCACGUCCUCUUCACCCCAUCACCACCACCACCUCCAUCAUCAGCAAUGACCGCGGCCACCCUUGAGCCCGUGAGUCUGCGCGCCUCGCUGUGCGCGCUCGGCGCCACGCUCUGCCUCUGCUGGGCUCUGCGCUGGAGCGCACGGCGCGCCCUGCCCCUCGCCCUCCUGCCCGCGGCGCUGGAGGUUACCGCCACCCUGCAGCUCUGCUGCUGCGCCCUCGAGCAGCGGCUGGCCGCGGACAGCGGCGCCGCUCCGCGAUGGCUCGGCCUGGGGCUCGUGUUCGUCACCUCGGCGGCGCACGGCGCCACGGGAGCCGGCGCCACGUGCAGCCCCUGCUCCGCGCUCGAGCGCGUGCUUUUACGCACGGAAGGACCGCGCACGGCGAUGGCGCGCGUCUUUGCGCAGGUGUGCGGCGCGGCGCUGGCACUGCGCGUCACGGGGGCGGCGUGGCGCCUCUUAGGGGGCGCUCACGCCCUCGCCGUCGGGGUCUACGUGGAGCGGCCGCCGGGGGUCGCGUGGCUCUGCCCGAGUCCGCUGCGCGCGGGGCUCCCGCUGGGCGCGGUGGUGGAGGCGCUGUGCGCGCUCGCGUUCCACGUGGCGGCGGCACAAGCGACCGCGCGCCUCCAGCCGACGGCGCGCGUGGCGGCCGUCGCAGCAGCGGUCACAGCCAUCGUCUACGCCGCUGGCUCCAUCACAGGCGGCGUGUUUAACCCUGUGCUAGCUGCCACGUUCACCCUGGGCUGCCCGGGUCACUCCACCCUGGACUAUGCCCUGGUCUACGGAGUCGCGCCACUCAUAGGAAUGACAGCGGCCUGCAUUGUGUGCAACGGCCAAAUUCCGCUCUUACGUCGAGGAAAACGAGACGAGAAAACCGAUUAGGUUGCCCAACUCGGGCACACGACAGUCGAAACGCGCACGCCAAGACCGAACACGCGACACACGCCAGGGUGUGUGCAGCGGUCGCACAGUACUGCGGUGGUUAACAGACUCGGCCUGCACGCCUGGAGGGUGCACAACACGGGGGCGUGGUACAGUCACCGCCCCACGCUGUGCACAAAAUUACGUCAAGUUGGGGCUUUGAUUAAUUUACAAGAGCCGGGGCGACCGGUCGGUUGAGCCGGUUAAAUCGCGUGGGCCUCCUUGACCCGCUGCCCUUUAUAGAGAUCGUGGCCGUCCCCACUGGAAUCGUGAUCUUCCGAAGGCAGGAAACCCCCCUCCCCCCGCCCCCUAUAGAAGGAAAGCCACGCUCCCAGCGUGACGCGGCUGAUGACGUCGAUGGUGCGGCGAGGUAACGCCCACCACCUCCCGUCCAGCGGCACACGUGGGCAAUAGAGGUGAGAUCGUUCCAACAAAUCGUACGCGUUUUCCGAUUAGCCGGGUAACAUUGAACCCAAAAAUUAUCUACAAUCGAUUCCUUCAUUAAUCACACAGCCCAGCGAUGUAAUUUAUCCUCCGAUGGUCAACACUAUACGGGUAACAUUUUUAGGGGGUAAAAAUGCCACAAUUCCUCAAAUUAAUGAGUAAUGUUGACAAAUGUCAUGCGAUAUCUAACGCCAGCUCACGAUGGGCUGUGCGUUUCACUUGAGCCUCACGUUUUAACCUGCGGCAUUACUUCGUACUACUGUGAGAGAGAAAGAAAAAAAAAACGGGCUCUUAUGAACCCGAGAAAGUUUCUCAGUGAGAAUCUCUCAAAAAUCGUUUUAUUCCAAAAGAGAGAGCAAACCUACGCUGUUGUCUAUCGAGCGGAACUCGUGACCUCUCGCCCGAUCACGCGCUCAGAAGGCCACGUCGCGCACGCGUCGGCCUGCACGGAGUGGGACAAACGUGCCAGGAUAGAACUGCAGAGCUUGGGUAACUGUCGGCGUCGUCCCUGGCUGCCCUUCCCACUUGUCUGUGGGUUUCCCAUGCUUCCGGUAGGUCCUUUCUCUUUCUCCCAGCGACAGCGAGCGAGCGGGUUACGGCGCGCGUUGCAAAUUAUUAUUGUUUUUGUUUAUUUACUCCUCUGUCACACGAACUGAAGCCGUGCCGCGAAAUCGCUUUGCGCGUUGCUUCGCAUCGGCGUGCGACGUCUCGCGCGCAAUCCAUACUGUGAACGCGUCGUGAGCAGCUGCCCUGGAACGUUCUGUGGGAUGCACCAAUUCAUCCCGAUUAUUGCCAGCUCCACAAUACGCGCACAAAGUCUGUGCGCAUCAGAUUCCAAUGGGUUACUUGCGACCACUGCCACCACGAUAGGCUGCUACACAGCCACGGCUAUUUAAAGCUGACACUUUUUAUUUUACCUGGUAAAGCCCCACUGAGCUGUAUAGCUCUUUCACACAAGCGACCUGGCUAUCACAAAUGAUAGCUCAACGAAGUGUCUUAUCACGUGGGAAUGUAUAGCAGCCAAAUGCUCUGAACGCACGUUCAUUCUCAAUGUGAAAGGGGAAAACCGGAGGACCUGGAGAAAAAUCCACAUGGCCAUGGGGAGAGAAACACACACACUCCGAAUAUACAGGCGUCAGGGUCGGGAUCAAAACCACAACCUCCUGCAUACAAGGCGAGGCCGUUAACAUCUCGCAACCACAACGCCAUGCUCGCCAUGCUAAGGAAAAAAAAUGCAUCGAUAUUCGAAUCGAUUCGCCAACACUGAAUCGCAUCGAUUCGUCCGAUCAAAGGUGGGCAUGGAUCACUCCCGCGCCACCUUUCGACAUUUUGGAACGUGUGCGUGGUUAGUCAGGCGUGCGUCCUCUAAUUGAGCCGAGGGGGGGGGGGGGGGGGUUCGAUCCCAGCUUCAGUUGAGACUGUCGGCCUAGGGAGUUGUGGGUUGGGUUGCAAUCAAACACAUCAGGUUGGAAACAAAACUUUCCUACCAUCGUCAUUCACAACACAUGACGGUGAUACUGAUGAAGUGUAUUCCCGCAAGAAAGCCUCGCUGAGACUCACCGAGUCUCAACUCUCCGUAGAGAGUCCUGUAUUGCGAUAUUUCGCCAGCUCUUUACGAAUGACUGUUUAGCUCCGUGUGGGAGAAAACGAGGAAUGCCUAGGGAAAACCCGGCACUACCUACGGGACAUCUGUGACCUACUGGACAUCUGUGAAAAAGAGCUUUAUAGCUAAUCGGAUUCCUCCAGAAUAAAUAUUCUGAUUCCGAGUGGUUCACAAAGCCACUCUGGUUCUACCAUCAUCCCCUGGACGCCUCUUAGCUCUGCGGAGUUGGGGAGUUUCACAAAUCUCUGCGUGGUCCACCAGCCCCACUCCGCAAACGAGGCACUGGAUCAGAGGCGUGCACAGCCACAAACGCCGUCUCGCGCCCAUUAUUUCAGUUGGCGAGACAGUGUUUGAUCCCAACAACGGUUAGGAUCAAACACUACAGCCCACGCCACCACCACCCAAGUAGACCCUACACUAUAUUAUUACUCGAUUGUUGCUCUAAGAUCGGUUAUGGUGGUCUUCGUGAAGCUGCAUCAGCCUCAACUGUCCCCACCACGAGAGGAAGGCACGGGGCCGAAAGCAGAAGGGCGGGGCCUAAUAAAAGGGGGUGGGGCCUAAUCAGGAAGGGGCGGGGCUUACUUGGAAGGGGCGUGGUCUAAUCCGGAAGGAGUGGGGCCUAAGGAGUAAGCGGUUGGGCCACAAGGGGGAUUGUGGCAAAGCCUCAAGGGUCAUGGGAGGGCCCUACAGAGGUUGACCUUCCAUGCAAAGAAUCAAAUGCUGCUGCAGUCAUCAGAAUGGCGUUCGUGCAGCAGAUGCGGCCACAUGCCGACCAGUUUUGAUUAAAGGGGUCUAAUGUUACCGGCGCAAUGGGCUCAAUGUAAUGUUUAUCUCUGUAGCGCAAUGCCAAUGCCGGUUCUGAGACAGUCAAUGUGCCUUCAUCGCUUAUGAAAAUGGUUUACAAGCACAUCGCAGUGUUUUUUUAUUAUAAAUUCACUGAACGUUUCGUUGCCAUGUUAUGUUGCCGUGGAGUUGUGCCUUGGCUGGUGUGGCUUACAGAUGUUCAAGGCCUUAAAGCAAGACCAAUGACUUCUAACUUGUUUCAUGUUCUGUGUUAUCACACUGUCCGCAUUACGUGUUUUAAGUCAAACGUUGGGAGCGGUGUCUUAAUAAUCCGGCGUGCGUCUGUACGAGAGCAGAUUUGUGUAACUGUAUUGACACCACGCACAAGUUUAGGGUGCGGCUUACUUUCCGAAACGUCUCUAUUCAGGACAUUACAGCCGUGUGUUUUGUUACGGCACUGACGGUUUCCAUGCAAAUUCGAAAAUGUAUCCUACACAGUAUCCAUGCUGCAGCCUGCCCCCCCCCCCCCCCCAUUCACAAGCACACGGCAAAAUAAAUGAACAUUUUUGGCAAA